UUAUUGUUUGAUAAUUGUCACUUUACCGUUCCCUGUUCUUCCUUGCCAACAUGCUAAACCCCCAAAAUCGAAGUUUUAUGCUGUCCGGAUGAAUUGGGAUUUUACUUUUUAAGCUGAUGCAGGCAUUUAUUAGGGUUUUUAUUCAACUGUGCUUGCGGUUUUCGGAAGGGGAGAUGCGGCUCUCGCAUAGUCCAGAAGUUAUGAGGGCGCUCGGCAGAACUGCGAAUCUUGCGAGGAUUCAUGAUUCUUGCAAUAUGGUUGCUCUAGUAUCAUGUGCCAGCAACCCAGUUGCAUCGAUCUACAACUUGGGGCAUUCAAAUGGUGAAAGUUGGACACAUCACCAGUAUUAUGGACUAUGUAUUUACAAAAAGAAAUUCUUCUUUGGACCUUUCUCUAAUAUCAGGUCCAAUCUUAUGUAUCGGAGGCUUUCUUCACAGGCUGGAGAUUUGACAAUUCAUAUACUUGAUGAGCAGGGCUUUUCAGAUUCUAAUGCAGCUUUUGACCAUAAUGAAAAUGGAAGUAUUGUUGAUGGAAUGAAUAUAGGGCAAUUAGUUCAAGAGGAAUUGCCUGAAAUAAACUCAAAAGCUAGUUCAAUAGAACCAGUUGAGAAACGCUCAAGAGAUAGAGAAGUAGCAUCUCCUUUGGUCAUGGCUCUAAUGAAAGCUCCAUGCAAUUCUAUUAGUAUUACUCUUAAUGAUUGGGUUAAGCAUGGUAAUAUAUUGGAUCGGAGUGAAAUCUCUGUUGCAAUGAUUUACCUUCGACGGAGAAGAUUGUAUGAUAAGGCCUUGCAGUUUGUGGAGUGGUUGGAAUCAACUAAGCGUCUCAAUUUUGUGGAGCGAGAUUAUGCUUCACAUCUUGAUUUGGUUGCUAAAACUGAUGGCCUUCAUAAGGCUGAAACUUACAUCCAUAAAGUUCCGGAAACCUUCAGGGGAGAGGUGGUCUACAGAACUCUCCUAGCUAACUGUGUUGCAGCUGGUAAUGUUGAGAAAGCAGAGCAAGUGUUUUCCCGAAUGAGAGACCUUGGCUUUUCAAUUAGUUCUUUUUCUUACAAUCAACUCUUGCUGCUUUACAGAAGGAUUGACCGUAGGAAGAUACCUGAUGUCCUCUUAAUGAUGGAAAAGGAUACCAUUAAACCAUCUCUGUUCACCUACAUGAUUUUGAUUGACGCGAAAGGUCUCUCUAAAGACAUUGCAGGCGUCCAAAAGAUAGUGGAGAGCAUGAAGGCUGAAGGUGUUGUGCCUGAUAACCCUCUCCGAGCUAUGGUUGCACGCCAUUACAUUUCUGCAGGGUGCAAUGAGAAGGCCGAAGCAAUACUGAAAGAGAUGGAAGAUGAUUGUGUCAGGGAGAACUCUGAUGCAUGGAGGUUUCUGCUUCCUCUUUAUGCUUCACUUGGUAAAGUUGAUGAUGUGAGGAGGAUGUGGAAAUCAUGUGAAGCUUCCGCCUGUAUCGAUGAUUUUACGUCUGCUAUAGAGGCCUGGGGAAAACUAGGAUUUGUAGAGGAAGCCGAGAAUAUCUUCGAAAAAAUGACGAAGAAAUGGAAGAAGAUCCCUCCUCGAAGCUACAAUGCUUUGCUGAAAGUUUAUGCAGACCAUAAGCUUGUAUCCAAGGGGAAGGAUUUGGCUAGAAAGAUGUCUGAUGAUGGCUGUUGGAUUGGUCCUUUAACUUGGGAUGCACUUGUAAAGCUGUUUGCUGAAGCUGGUGAAGUGGAGAAAGCUGAUUCUGUAUUGCAAAAUGCAGCAGCUCGGCCUACUGGAAGUAGACCUCUCUAUAGUUCAUAUAUCACUGUGUUGGAUAAAUAUGCAGAAGUUGGUAAUGUCCAUCAUGCUGAGAAGAUAUUUGACAGGUUGAGACAGGCAAAAUACCCCAGUAGGGUAAAUCAGUAUCUGCUUCUAGCCAAGGCCUACAAAAAUGCCAAAACUCCAGCUUAUGGGCUCAGGGAGAGGAUGAAAGCUGAUAAUGUCUACCCUGAUAAGAAGUUUUUGGCUGAGCUAGUUGCGCUUGAGAAUUUUUAAAAAUUA